AUGGAUGGCACAGAAAAAAAAAAGCUAAUGAUAAUAGGCAAAUCGAAAAAUCCGCGCUGUUUUAAGAACAUUAAAAAAUUGCCAGUGACGUAUAAAGCUAAUAAGUCAGCUUGGAUGACCAGUCAACUUUUUGAAGAAGAAGUGCGAAAGUGGGAUGCAGAAUUGAAGGGACGAAAAAUUUUACUUCUUGUUGACAACUGCCCUGCCCACCCGUCUAUAUCAAACCUUCAAAACAUAGAGUUGGCAUUUCUUCCUCCAAAUACGACUAGUGUCUUACAGCCAAUGGACCAGAGUGUGAUUAAAAGCCUCAAGGGUCACUACAGAAGGAAAUUAUUGAUGGAGCUAGUCGAAUCUGAGGGUAAAACUUCUGUUAAUAUGCUGCAUGCAGUAAAUUUUUUAUCUAAAGCCUGGGAAGAAGUGACACCCACAACUAUACAGCACUCUUUUCGACAUGCUGGACUUUGUACCAAUUCUACGAGUGAUGAGGUGGAAACAGAACCUGAGUUUGAAAGCGACGACGACCUUCCAUUAACUGAGUGGAUUCAACAGUUCAACAUGACAGAAAAUACGGUAAAUCUUCAAACCUACAUCGAAGUAGACGACCGCCUGCUUACAACGGCUUCAGUCACAGACGAAGAAAUUUUGGAUUCAGUGAGAAGAACUGAGGAUCAAGAACAAGACGAUGAAGAAGAUGAAACGGAUGAGCCUGAGCCUCCGCCGAGCAUUAAAGAAGCUCUGGAAGCAGCUAAAUUAUUGGAAAAAUACUUCCUUUAUACCCAAGAUGCCUCAAUAUUGCUAGAUAUGAAUAAAAUAAGUAAAAAAAUACAACAAAAUUACUGGUGCAGCAAAAGGCGUCAGACAAAAAUAACAGACUAUACGCAAUAG